GAACGCGAGGCGGUUUUUGGUUUUUCUGGAGCGGCGCAAGCGUCGGAAAGCCUCCUGCAAGUGUGUCGCUUGGCAGUGGCCAGUAUUGCUGGAGAUGCGCACAAGGCCUUGACACCAACUCACCAUGGAGGAGGACGGCGGCGGCCCUUCAGGUCAAUACCGAACCACACGCACCGAGUCGCGCCGCAUCUGGCGAAAACAGCCCUGUGAUCCGUUGUGGUCUCUACCAUCCUCUCCUCUGCUGGUGUGCUCAGGUCCGUCGACGAGUCGUUCUUCAGGGUUGGGCGAUGGGGAGGAGACCGUGGCGGCUCUCAAGGAGAGAUACGCCGCACAGAUGGCAGAGAUGCGCGAACGGCUCGCAGAGCUUCAAGCCGACUGGGAAAACCAGGUCAGGCAGGCGCGGGCGUGCACACGCCUCACUGACCAACGAGGAGAGAUGAAGCACAGCACGGCCCCUGUGUUUGCUUCCCUCCCUCCUGUCUGUCGUUAGAUCCGUAUAGUCAACGACCUGCGUCGGCAGCUGGAGACAGCGUCGUCGAUAUCGUCCUUCUCGCCCCGGUCCAUGGUGGCCUUCCCGCCAUCGCCACGCAGACGGCCGUCAUUCUUCGGACUCUCCAACGGCGACGUCAGCGACCGCGACAGAGCUGACGCCGCCACGGACAAUGGCAAUGACGACCUGGGCACCGGCAGGGCCACCGACGAUGGGGGGGCGACGGCAGCUGGUGGUGGUGCCAUGGACGAGGCGCAGGCACAGCUCGUCGAGUCUCUGCAGCAGCAGUGAGUGUCGCCUUUCACGACACUAAAGGACAUGGCUGGAGCGGCAGAUGAUGUGCUUCCUGUGUGGGUGUGUGGUGUGGUGUGCGGCUACUGUGUGUGUGUGUGUUCAGGAUAGUGGAGGUGUCAACGGUUGUAGCGACUCGCGAGGCGGAGAUCCAGAAGCUGCAGGACGGGCUGGACCAGCUGACGUGCGAGAGCCAGCAGCUGCGGGGCCAGCUGUCGGAGAAGGACCAGAUGCUCAUACGCCUGCAACACAAAAUCAUGUGCCUCGAGGUAUGCAACACAGGCAGGCGCAAUGGAAGCAACCACGCACUGUCUGUCUGUCUGUCUGUGCUGUGCUGUUUGUCAGGCGUCUAAGAACAGCGGUUCUCCGGUGACGUCUGACUGGUCCAUCACUCACGCGUUCCCCCCGGCGCCCAUCGGCCUCCCCGCCAAGACCUACCGGCCCCCAUCCACCCCCUCCAUUGACCACCCCCUCCGCCCCAUCUGCUCCGACCACGACCUCAUGAUGCGCGAGAACGCCACUCCCAAUGUCAUCCCCUGGUCGCCACAGCUCGUGCGCCCAUUCGCAUGUCGCACCACAGCCAAGCGGAGCAGCCCCCCCUCGCCAUCCGCGGCCCACCACCAUCACACGUAUCGGUCGUUCCACCGGGGGUAUUCCCUCACGCUGCCCCGGGAGCCGGAGCCGCUGGGCGAGCAGACGCCGCCCGGAAUCAGCCGGGUAUUUGCGGCCAUCGAGAGGAUAGAGGAGCCCGUCAGCCCCCCCAUGCGCGGCUACGUCAAGAGGUCCUUCUCGAUGCCCGUCAACCACCCUUCCAUGAUCGUCAGCCUCCCCCCGCUCUCCCAGGAACCGGACACCGUCUUCGUCCUCAGCAACAUGCAGCACCAGCAGCAGGGCGAGGAGGGGGAGGGCGAGAGCAGCAAGCUCCACGCCACCACCAAUGGCAUUGACGGGGGGUGCGGUGGCGGUCUGCGGAUGCGCGAGAUGCCCACUCACCACCACCACCACCACCAUACCGAGGCGACGUCGACCGAGGCCGAGUCGCGUGACAGCGGGGGGUCGCCAUCGUUUUGCGUCAAGGUGGUGGAUGAGGCCAUCCCUGUGGUGGUGGAUGCGGGCACCUCAGACCGACUGAUGACGCCGCGGGGGGACCAUGACAUGUAAGCGCACAGGGGAGAGAGGCGAGAGCAAGGCGGCGCAUGACAUCGCUCGGUCAUCCGCUGUGUUGUGUUGUCUCCGUUCAUCCAGUGCGGUUUUGCCGUGCCCUCUGGUGGCCCUCGGAGAUCAGGCGUCAGGAGGCAAUUGAUGGAUCGGGGGAGGGAGGGAGGGAGGGAGCAGAGAGGAAGCUGUUGUGUCGGUCAGUGUAUGGCUGGGGUCGGUCUGUCCGUAUCAAUCAACGAAGCGAGCCAAUGGUCCGUCAGGUGGUGUGGUGUUACGCUAUUUAUUUGUCUAGCCAUCCGAUCCACUCAUUCCAUCACAUACCAUUACCCGUCCAUCUCUGUCCCCCCACACACGCAAUGAACACCCGCACCCACUUUUAUGCACCAUCCACAGCUGUGCACACGGGCCGAUUUGUCCCGCUGUGUCAGUGAGUGAGAGGGAGAGAGAGAUGUUGGUUGGUCUUGCGUCACGGACCUCAAGCACACAGACAGAGCAACUCUUUCCCCUUCCCCUCACAGACAGACAGACAGACAGACAGCCAGGCGCACUAUCGUUUACCCUUUCUCCCCCCCAGCCCAUCCCUCCCUCCCUCCCUCCCUACUCGCUCCAUUCAUUUCUCUCUCUUUCUUUCUUGGUUCGUCUUUGACCUGCGUGGCUGGCUGGCUGGCUGGCUGCAAUGGUCGAUAGAUCAGCAAUUUUGUCGCCGGGGGCUGGGGGGUGGGGGUGUGGGGCUGACGGAUGCCUGUUGGUUGGUUUGUUGGUUGGUUGAGGUUGUGGCGGGCCGAUCGAUCGGCUGCGUGCGCACUUUGAACAAGAGCAAGAGACGCACAUCUAUAGACACAAGGUACUUACGUAUGGACACAUACUCCGUGCCUGCCUGCCUGCCUGCCUGUGCGUAAGAUCGUUUCUCUUCUAAUUCCUUUCUGGUGUGUGUACGAUCGACCGACUGACCGACUGACUGACCGACCAAAGCAAGCCCAGCCAGGCCAAUCACUGCUCUCCUUCGUGCGACUCUGCUCUGCCCGUGCCUGCAUUGCAUUCCAUGACGCCUGUCUGUGUUUCUGUGCGUGCGCGUAGCCAGCUCGUGUACAGCAGCAGCAGCAGCAGCAGAGAAGGGAGGGAUCAUUAUAUAUCGCUCCGGUCUCUCAUGUGGCUGUGUGUGUGUGAGACUCCGUCUGUGUGAGGGUGGGCGGUGGCCUGUUGGUAUGGGGUGUUGGGGUGUGUGCGUGUGGGGGUGGGUGGGGGGCACGUCUGUCUGUAUAGCGCUUGUGGUCGGUCGCCUCUUCUGUCUCUCUCUUUCUUCUUUGCAUGUCUACACGUGUGUGUGUGUGUGUUGCGUAUAUGGAUGGUUUGUCCACAUCCAUUUUUUCGCACGUGAGAGCUGUGUGUUUUCAUGUGAGUGACCCACUCUCUCUCUGUGUUUUGAUUGACUCCUCACUCACUCACUCACUCACUCACUGAACGAACGAACGAAUGAACGAACGACUCCCUGACUCCUCCAUGGCUGCACUUGCAUACAGCUGCAUGUCAUCGUGUCGGUCGGUGCGUGUGGGGGGAGGGGGGGAGGGUGUUGGGUGUUGGGGUGACUAUGUAUGGCUUAGUAAAUAGAUCCUGUUUAUCUACCGGGACAACAAAGGGACGCCUGGCUAUCCAUGUUUGAUCAAUGAAUGGUGGGUGAAUGGGGAGACUUUUCUAUCUCUCGGCGGCGGCGGCCUGGGAGGGAUUUUGUGAUGGCCAUGGCGGUCGGUCGGUGAGUGAGUGUAGGGAUGCGUAUUUUUGUCAUCUGCCGUGUUGUGUGCGUCGUGUGGGGUGCGGUGGGUUGCUUCUUCUCUCUCUAUUGUCGCCAUUCAUUGCAUGCCAUCGAUCAGCCAGUCAGCCCACCGACGACUACUGACUGCAUACGCUCCACGGCAGUUUCAGACAAACGCCGUUUGUUUGUUCGUUCGUUCGUUCCCCUCCCCUCUCCGCACACACACACACACACCCACGCCCUCAUCCACCCACUCACAUCCACACACUGCAUGCCAUCGAUGCCUGCAUGGCUAGUAUGAGUCCAUGUGUGUCUACCGCCAGCGAGCGAAAGAAAAGUCGUCAGAUGGCUGGCCGGCCGGCUCCUCCGUUUUCAUACGUUUCAUGAUACGCUCUCGUGGGUGCGCGUGUGUGCCUGUGGGUGGAUGGAUGGAUGCGUGUGUGUGGGGAAGUGCCCAUGGAUGCUGGUGCGUGCGCGUGCAUUGCGUGUUGAUGCCUCCUCACCUCACACCAUGGCUGGCCGGCUGGCUUCGGCACUUACGAGGACCAAACGAACAAAGUAUUUUUUGUAUCCACCUACCGCUGCGAAAUGGGACGGACACAUGCACACACACACACACACACGAGAGGGAGGACACACGAGAGGGAGGACGACUGAUGGAUGUCGCGGGGUGGGUGUCUAUGCUCCGUGUCUGUUGGUGACGGAGGGGCCGAGUGGGUGGGGUGUGCGCGCGCGUGUUCAUGGCUGCUCUCGCGUCUGCAUGUCUGUCUGUCCGUGCCGCUCGCUUUUUACUCUGGGGUGCGAUGAUGCGUGCGUGAUGCAUACGGGCAGUGCACACGAGAGGCUGCUUUGAAAGAAAGAAACAAAGAACGAACGAACGGGGAGUAUGUACGUAUGUGAUGGAUCGAUCGCUGUGUACGUGUACGCAACGUCCUGCUGCUGCUGUUUGGAGAGAGAGGGCGUGUAUACGUAAGUCUGUCUGCAUACUUAUACAGUUCCACUACAGGCAGGGGCGUCGCGGUGUGUGUGUCGUAUUACCUGCUAUCUACUUUCUGCGGAUGUCUAUCUGCUACCUGCUGUCUACCUACUGCCUACUGAUGGAUGGAUGGUCUUGUUUGAAAGUCCAAUGCAAUGGUGCGUACUACUCUCUCUGUCUGUAGGCCCGUACACACACAUACGUCAUGCGUCAUGCGUUCGUCCGUAGAGACUGUCUGCCUGUGUGUUGCCCUGUGACCUUUGCCUUUAUAUUUAUGUGACAUAUCUAUCAGCCUAUCAUUCAGCGAGCGGAUUGGUCCAUCCAUCUCUGUCCCGUACGUAUCUCGUGUGUCUCUGCGACUCGAGUUAACACAUCCUUGGAUGAAAGAUGCUCAUGCC